CCACUCAUGUCACUACUCAUCACAGCAUUACAGACAAAACAGAGAAGGCACCGACCGCCAUUUUUGGUUUGCGGAAGAAGCUCAUCAGGGCCUGAAGACCCAGCUAAUACCUCCAUCUUCUGAUCAAAAAAAGCACCUCAGUCUUCUGCAGUGACAGGGCUGAGGACUGUACAUUGUAACACUUGGGUUUUUGAAGCAAGGGGUAUAGGAAAUGUCAUCCACAGUGAAAGGCAUCAUAAGGACUGCACCAGAGGUUUAUAGGCAGAGGUUGUUCAAGGGGAAAUAUGUGGAUCAAUUUGAUCUUGCUAGACAUGAAAACCCUUCCUUCCAUGGCCUCAACUGGCCUGGUCGAGUUGGCCACGCACGCCAUAGCCGACAGAGUAUGCAUAUAGUAAAUGGGAUCACAAACCCAAACCCCAACAAGUAUGAGCCAGGGCACAACAAAGCAAAAGCCAUUCUAUCCCCAGUUGCAGAUUCAACUACACCCACAACCAAAAAGAGAGUAUUUACUUUUGGAAAAGGAAAGAGUGAAGGCAACAAGGGCAUGAAGUCAUUGUUGGGAGGGAAAGGUGCAAACCUGGCAGAAAUGGCUAGCAUUGGGCUAUCCGUCCCUCCUGGACUUACUAUAUCAACAGAAGCAUGCCAAGAGUAUCAGGAGAAUGGCAAGGAGUUACCAAAAGGUUUGUGGGAGGAGAUAUUAGAAGGCUUGGAUAGUGUGCAGAAGGACAUGGGUGCUAUUCUUGGGGACCCUUCCAAGCCUCUCCUCCUUUCUGUUCGCUCUGGUGCUGCGAUUUCCAUGCCUGGCAUGAUGGACACUGUCCUCAACCUUGGACUCAAUGAUGAGGUGGUUGCUGGUUUGGCUGCAAAAAGUGGAGAGCGCUUUGCUUAUGACUCGUACCGACGUUUUCUAGAUAUGUUUGGCGAUGUUGUUAUGGGCAUCCCACACUCAUCAUUUGAGGAGAAGUUGGAGAAAUUAAAAACUAUAAAAGGAGUUGAACUUGAUACAGAGCUAACAACCUCUGAUCUUAAAGAGCUGGUAGAACAGUACAAAAAUGUCUAUCUGGAAACUAAGGGUGAAAAAUUCCCUUCAGAUCCAAAACAACAGCUACUUUUGGCUGUUAAAGCAGUUUUUGAUUCUUGGGACAGCCCAAGGGCCAACAAGUACCGGAGCAUCAAUCAGAUAACCGGUUUAAAGGGAACUGCAGUUAACAUUCAAUGCAUGGUUUUUGGGAACAUGGGAAACACUUCAGGGACAGGUGUUCUAUUCACUAGGAAUCCCAGCACUGGUGAAAGGAAGCUUUAUGGCGAGUUUCUAAUCAAUGCUCAGGGAGAAGAUGUAGUUGCCGGUAUUAGGACACCAGAAGACUUGGAUACUAUGAAAAGUUGUAUGCCAGAAGCUUACAAGGAGCUUGUGGAGAACUGUGAAAUUCUGGAAAAACAUUACAAAGAUAUGAUGGACAUCGAGUUCACAGUCCAAGAAAAUAGGUUGUGGAUGUUACAAUGCCGCGCUGGAAAGCGUACUGGUAAAGGUGCGGUUAAGAUAGCUGUAGACAUGACUAAUGAAGGGCUUGUGGAUCAGCACGCUGCAAUCAAGAUGGUGGAACCACAGCACCUUGACCAACUUCUUCACCCACAGUUUGAGGAUCCAACAGCUUACAAAGACAAAGUGAUUGCCACUGGCUUGCCUGCAUCUCCAGGAGCAGCAGUAGGGACAGUCGUGUUUAGUGCUGAUGAUGCUGAAACAUGGCAUUCACAAGGAAAGAGUGUCAUCUUGGUAAGGACAGAAACCAGUCCAGAAGAUGUUGGAGGUAUGCAUGCAGCUGCUGGGAUCUUGACAGCUAGAGGUGGCAUGACAUCUCAUGCAGCUGUUGUGGCCCGGGGAUGGGGUAAAUGUUGUGUUUCUGGCUGCUCUGACAUCAGAGUCAAUGACACUGAGAAGGUGGCUGUGAUCGGGAACACGGUCAUUAACGAAGGAGAAUGGCUUUCACUCAAUGGAUCCACAGGUGAAGUCAUAUUGGGAAAACAGCCACUUUCUCCUCCGGCUUUAAGUGGUGAUUUGGAAACCUUUAUGUCUUGGGCUGAUAAAGUCAGGCGCCUCAAGGUUAUGGCAAACGCUGACACGCCUGAAGAUGCACUCACAGCAAGAAAUAAUGGUGCCCAAGGGAUUGGACUAUGCAGGACAGAGCACAUGUUCUUUGCUUCAGAUGACAGAAUUAAGGCGGUAAGAAGAAUGAUCAUGGCGGCUACAACUGAACAGAGGAAGGCAGCAUUGAACCUCUUACUACCAUAUCAAAGAUCUGACUUUGAAGGAAUUUUUCGUGCAAUGGAUGGUCUUCCAGUAACAAUCCGCCUGUUAGAUCCUCCACUUCAUGAAUUUCUUCCAGAAGGUGACUUAGACCAGAUUGUCGGCGAACUAACUGCAGAGACUGGUAUGACUGAGGAUGAAGUUUUCUCAAGAAUUGAGAAAUUAUCAGAAGUAAACCCCAUGCUUGGUUUCCGAGGCUGCAGGCUAGGGAUAUCGUACCCAGAACUCACUGAAAUGCAGGCUCGUGCCAUCUUUCAGGCUGCAGUCUCAAUGAGCAACCAGGGUGUCAAAAUUUUCCCUGAGAUAAUGGUUCCCCUUGUUGGAACACCUCAGGAACUACGGCAUCAAGUGAGCCUAAUUCGAAGUGUUGCAAACAAAGUGUUCUCUGAGAUGGGUACUACCUUGAGCUAUAAAGUUGGCACUAUGAUUGAGAUCCCUAGAGCUGCUCUAGUUGCAGAUGAAAUUGCGAAGGAAGCUGAGUUCUUCUCCUUCGGGACCAACGAUCUCACACAAAUGACCUUUGGAUACAGCAGAGAUGAUGUGGGAAAGUUUCUACCCAUUUACCUGUCCAAAGGCCUUCUUCAAAAUGAUCCAUUUGAGGUACUUGAUCAAAGAGGUGUAGGGCAGCUCAUCAAGAUGGCCACCGAAAAGGGUCGUGCUGCAAGGCCUAGCUUGAAGGUUGGAAUAUGUGGAGAGCAUGGUGGGGAACCUUCUUCUGUUGCAUUUUUCGCAGAGGCGGGACUAGACUAUGUUUCGUGUUCUCCAUUCAGGGUACCUAUUGCUAGGCUAGCAGCAGCUCAAGUUGCUGUCUGAGAAAGAUUGCAUGGUUGGUGACUGUGCGAUUGUAAAUAAAUGCAGUUUCCUUGUAAUUCAUACAAAGCCAUGAUCAUUAUAGAAACCAAAACAGGGAACAAAUAAAGUAGGCAAAUGUGAAUAAUUCUUAAGCUUCAAUAUUUGGCAUAAGUUGUUUGUUAUAUUGAACAACUUGUGACUUGGUACAAUUGCACAAGUUGCAUUCCUCUUCUUGCAUUGAUCAUAUAUAUACAUAAUUACUA